AUGCGUUUUAUCGAAGGUGAUGUCUACAGUUCAAAAUCAAUAGAGGAUUGCUUUUUGGAAUCUCCAAUAGAAACUGCAAAGGUGCCCGAUGAACAUUUGGUACUUGAUGGAAAUUCACUAUCUACGAAUGACCUUGUACAAUUGGGUAAAGGAGUAUUCCUGAUUAAGCUCAGCGAAGACGCAAUCCAAGCUGUUGUCAAAGCCCGAAAACUUUUGGACGAAAUUGUAGUUAGCAAUAAAGCGAUUGACUUGUUGAAAAAACUGUCUACAUUCGUUUCUCUCUCUCUUUCUCUCUCUCUUUCUCUCUCUCUCCCUUUCUCUCCCUUUCUCUCUCUUUCCCUUUCUCUCUCUCUCCCUUUCUCUCCCUUUCUCUCUCUCUCUCUCUUUUUUCUCAUAUUAUUUCCUCCUUCCUCUCAUUCAUUCUGCCUCUUUUCUUUUUUCUUUUUCUCUUUCUACUUCCCUCAUUCUCUUUUUUGUUUUUUCUUUCAUUUUUUUGUUUUCGUUUCUUUCUUUCUUUUUUUUUUCGUUUCUUUCUUUCUUUUUUUUGUUUCUUUCUUUCUUUUUUUGUUUCUUUCUUUCUUUUUUUUCGUUUCUUUCUUUCUUUUUUUUCGUUUCUUUCUUUUUGUUUUCUUUCUUUUUUUUCGUUUCUUUCUUUCUUUUUUUUCUUUCUUUCUUUUGUUUUCUUUCUUUUCUUUUGUUUUCUUUUUUUUUUUUUGUUUCUUUCUUUCUUUUGUUUUCGUUUCUUUCUUUUGUUUUCGUUUCUUUCUUUCUUGUCCCCCCUUUCUCUCCCCCCUCCAUCCCUCACUUUCUCUCUUCCCUUUAUUAAUAUUACUUCCGUUAUUUUGCAGUUGUGUAUGGCAUUACCACUGGAUUCGGUAA